ACCUUGGCUCAGUCAACUGUCAGACGUGAAGGAGGAGAGUGGCUGGUAGUUCCUGCUGGCAGUGUAUACGUGUGUGGCACCAGGUGUUCAGACUUCAUUAAGCGAUUAUAGAAUUACACCAACCAGGUGAUAUGUGGACUCGUGCAGCCAUCAGACAGGGCCGGUCCCUGGGUAGGUCCUUUGCUUCUGUCUAUCCCAGACCCUACACAGUUCCUGAGGGGCCCUGGGGCACUAACAGGGCGAUGCGGCUGGAGUUGGCUGCAGCUUACCGAGGGCUGGACCUGCUGGGCCUUAAUGAGGGUGUGUGUAACCACCUGACCGUGAUGGCACCCAGAGCUGACGGCCAGGAAGACACCAUGCUCGUGGUCAACUAUAAACUACAUUGGAGUGAGGUGACAGCAAGCAACCUGCUGGGUGUAGAUGAGUCAGCACAGACGGUGGAGGGAGAAGGCACUGCUGACAUUACUGCCUCAUGUAUUCAUCUGGGUAUCCGCCUUGUCCGUCCCGAUGCUAAGGUCAUCAUGCACACCCACCAGCCUCACGCCACAGCUAUCGCUUGCAUGAAGGAUCCGACACUGUUGAUGGUCCACCAAAACUCUGCCAGAUUCUACCAGCGAGUUGCUUAUGAUCAGGAUUACAGCGGCCUUGCCCUUGCUAUUGCGGAAGGCAAGAGGCUAGGGCAAGCGUUGGGUGAUAAAGACAUCUUGUUUAUGGGUAACCACGGCGUGUUGAGUGUAGCUCCCACCGUCAGCUUGGCCUUCGAUCAUCUGUACUACCUGGAGCGAGCGGCCCAGUUACAGACUCUGGUGGUCUCCAUGCAAAAAGAAAUAGCUCUGAUACCUGAUAGUGAGUGUCGCAAUACAUCUGAUUCUUUAUGGAAGGAUAUCAACAAAUAUGCAGAAGCUCAUUUCUUCUCCAUGUACAGAAGACUCCGCCGAUCUCAACCAGAAUUUGAAGGGUAACUUUAAACUCGCAGGGCUGAUGAAGGGAUUCUUGCUCCCAUGUUUGAUGUACCAUGAUUGUAUUAAACUUAUAAUAAAAUAUAAUCAUCCA